AUGGCAAGAAGAUAUGAUAGUAGAACAACUACCUUUUCUCCAGAAGGAAGGUUAUAUCAAGUAGAAUAUGCUUUGGAAGCCAUAAAUAAUGCAAGUAUAACAAUUGGUUUAAUAACAAAGGAUGGAGUAAUAUUAGGAGCGGAUAAAGUUUUUAUUUCAAAAUUAAUUGAUAAAGCUAAUAAUUAUGAAAAAAUAUAUAAAAUUGAUAAACACAUAUUUUGUGGUGUAGCAGGUUUGAAUGCUGACGCAAAUAUUUUAAUAAACCAAUCUAGAUUAUAUGCACAAAGAUAUUUAUAUAAUUAUAAUGAAGUACAACCAGUAUCACAAUUAGUAGUUCAAAUAUGUGAUAUCAAGCAAAGUUACACACAAUAUGGUGGAUUAAGACCAUAUGGUGUUAGCUUUUUAAUUGGUGGUUAUGAUACAAAAGAUGGAUACCAACUUUAUCAUACUGAUCCAAGUGGAAAUUAUUCAGGAUGGUUUGCAACAGCUAUUGGUACCAAUAACUUAACAGCUAGUUCUGUUCUUAAACAG